GUGUCCGUCGUGCAGCUCAAAGAAAAUUGCGACAUGAAUUGGGAAUUAAACCCCAUCAGGUUCCCAUUGAUAAUUUUGUAUUUUUAACUAGAAUUCACUAUGUAGCUCCAUCUGAUGGUAUCUGGGGUGAACAUGAAAUUGAUUAUGUUCUUAUCAUCCGAGCUGACGUUGAUCUUGAUUUAAAUCCAAAUGAAGUUAAAGCUGUUGAGUAUUUGUCUUUAGAAGAAUUAACUCAAAAAUUUGAAAAUCCUGGUGGUACGUUUCUAAUAUAA